AUGAUCCAAAAACCAUGGAGUUUUCCAAACUUGAUAGAUCAAGCCAUGAAGGGGCCAAAACACCAUAAAAGUGGACUAAAACACAAAAAACUUUUAGAACCAAAGCUUCGCACACAUCAAUUUCACCGGUUUUCGCAAUCAUAUCGCCGUCUUUCCGGUGAUCUCCUCCACUUAUCCGAUCUACGGCGAUCUCUUAACUCCUUCGGUCUCACACUGAUGCCAGUUGCAAAACUUUUGGGCACCAGUUCUGCAGAUGCAAUGAAAGCAGAGGAAGGGAGUGAUUCCUUGGAUACCUUCAUCAAACAAGCAGUUGGAAAAGAACCUUCAUUUUCAUUUUCAAGAACUGGGGAUAGCCCUGUGCAGUGGAUACAGUUACUUCAUGCUUUGGAUCAACAAGAUCUCCCUGGUUGGCCCUUGUUGGCUCCUAUGAAGAUUCAGAUGCAGAAAUGUGAGAAAUGUGCCCGUGAAUUCUGUUCUCCUGUCAAUUAUCGAAGACAUAUACGAGUUCAUCGUCGCUCUUUAAAGUUCCAUAAGGAGUCCCAGAAGUAUAGGGAUUUAUUGGGGGCAUUUUGGGACAAGCUCUCAUUUGAUGAAGCCAAGGAAAUCAUGUCUUUCAAGGAUGUUAACCUGGAGGAAGUUCCAGGGUCUUCAAUAAUAAGAAACAUUAUAGCAAAUCUCCGCAAGCCAAUCUUUCUAUCUCUCCCACAAAUUUAUGUCAAAGCUGGCUCUAUGCUUGUGGACAUAAUCCAAGGUAGACCUUCUACUUCUAGACUUCCAGUUUCCUCCCAAGAAUUAUUCAGCAUCCUAAAUGAUGCUAGUGAGACAACAUUUCUAAGUGCUGGAACUGCUGAAUCAUUACAAAAAUUCGUCUUUGAUGGAGAAGCUGGUAAAAUUGGGCUUGAAAUCAAAAACCUAAUUGCUGCCACCAGCUUUCUUUUCGAACAAAAAUUGGUCAAAGCAUGGCUUGCAGACAAGGAUGCUGAAGCAUUAAGAUGCCAAAAGUUACUUGUUGAGGAAGAAGAAGCUGCUCAAAGGAGGCAAGCGGAGAUUUUGGAAAGGAAAAAACAAAGAAAGCUAAGACAAAAGGAACAAAGAGCGAAAGAUCAGUCAAACGAAGUCAAACCGGAUUUAUUUGAAACAACAACUCCAUCCACAGAAACAUCCAGCUCUCCAACUUUCGCGGAAGUCGAUUCGUUUUCUCCAGAUGACGAUGAAGAUGAUGAUGAUGUCAUCGUUCAGUUUUCAAACAAUGUAGAAGAAGAAGAAGAAGAAGAAGAAGAAGAAGAUCCGAAUGUUGUGGACCCCAUGGAGCACCAAAAGGUGCACGGGAAUGAUUUGCAUCAGAUGGUGGCUCGAUGGCAGGUCCCGAAGUCACAAAAAGGAGGUCGAAACGGGUUUUACGGAUCCAAAAGGGAACAAACACAUAAUAAGCAUAGAGAACAAAGGACUAAUGUUGUCAAUACGAGUAAAAUAUGGACGAAAAAGCCAAAACCGGAAAAUGGAGGGGUGGAAGUUGUGAAAUCUAGAAUACAAAACGAUGCAACCAGUCAGAGCCAGAGCCAGAGCAACUGUAGUCAGCUGAUGAUUGGUUCCAUAUCUGUGACAGUUAGAAGUCCAGGUCAAGGUCAAGGUCAAGGUCAAGAAAAUGGAAAUACGGAAGUCAAAAAGAACAGCAUCCAGGCUGGCAGUGGCAGUGGCAGGGAACGUUCCACUGUCAAAAUUUGGAGGCCACGUCAUGAGUCAAGAGGUGUAUCUGGAGAUAGUAAAGUAAAAGGUGAGAAUGGUCAAAGUCAAACUCCGCCUACGUGUCAGUCAAAUGAUGACAGUGACGGUGGAAAUGAGCCCGAAGCAAAGCUCUUCUCUCUUGAUGCUGCAAAAGCUUUUCUUGCACAAAGAUGGAAGGAGGCGAUAUCGGGGGAGCAUUCGAAGUUGAUUUUAUCUUUAUCAUCAUCAAGAGAGGAGCCACCUGGCGAGAAUAACGAGAGUUCAAGCAAUAAUAAUAUGAAUAACAAUACAAACAAUAAUGCGAGUAUUAAUAAUACGAAUAAUGUGAAAGUGAAAGUGAAAGGGAAGUUUCCGGAGGUUCCAGUUUUACGAGUGGGUCUUCUGUCCGAAAUUCAAGGAUACACUAUUGAAAUAAUCGCAAUGCAAAUGCAACCGCUCGCAUCUGUUUUUGGUAGAUUGUUUGUUGAAUUCAAUUGAUGUUUUUUUUUUGGUUGGAAGAAAUUGAAGGUGAGAAAUGAGAUUUGUAGCAAAAGGAGUUGGGAUGGACUCUAUGUAAUUAUGAUUCAUCAAGGCAGUAAUGAGUUUUAUUAUUUUACAUGUACAAAAUUUUUAAAUUAU